AUGUCGGUGAUUUUCCUGAACAUCAAAUUUUCGAGGGAUUUUCAAUGGAUCAUCGAAUUACAUACGAAACGCUUAGCAUUACAUCCUCAGAGUUUUUGCCGUCACUACAGUGAAAAAUCGCAUAUCACGCCUAUAAGUUCUCGUCUUUUCACCCGCGUUCAACAUGUGAUGUUAUUUGAGAUUUUGCGGCAUAUUUUACGACAUUUUUUCUCAGCAAACACGAGCUUCUCUACUAGUAUGAAAAUAUUUGGUAUCAAAUGCUGUAAAAAGUUUAUGGUUGUAAAAUAUUUUUUGGGAGAACAUAAUGGCCCAUAA